AUGAUGAUGAUGAUGAUGAUGGAGAGCCGUGACUUUUGGGAUCAUAAAAAAUUUCAAAUGCCUUUUAGGGUGGGGCGGAAAGCGAUGCACGAGGAGAGAGCGUUGGUAGUGGGAAGCGAGAACAGGCUCGACGCCUUCCAGACUUAUGCGGGGAACAAAUCCGCCGGCAUCCGCCUGCGCAGGGACGUACAUCUGGAGCAAGGGACGUACAUCUGGAGCAAGCCUGUGAUGAAAGGAACGCACCCUUCUCCUCGGGACAGCCACAGCUCCACGGCUGUCGGGUCUAAGCUCUAUGUGUUUGGUGGUACCGAUGGAACCAGCCCGCUAGACGAUCUCUUUGUUUUGGAUACUGCUACCAACACCUGGGGGAAACCCGACGUUUUUGGUGAUGUUCCUGCUCCAAGAGAAGGACAUAGCGCAUCUCUCAUCGGUGACAACCUGUUCGUGUUUGGGGGAUGUGGGAAAUCCAGCGAUCCCUCAGAGGAGGAGUACUACAACGACCUCCAUGUUUUGAACACGAAUACUUUUGUCUGGAAGAAGAUUUCUACCACUGGAGUCUCGCCUAUUCCUCGGGAUAUCCAUACCUGCUCUUCCUAUAAGAACUGUUGCAUUGUCAUGGGUGGCGAGAACAGUGGUAAUGCCUAUCUAUACGACAUUCAUAUUCUGGACACAGAAACAAUGGCAUGGCGGGAGGUAAAGACGACUGAGCAAGGCAUAUUAUUCUUCUAUGGGGGAUGUAACGAAGAGCUUGAAGCUCUGGAUGACAUGUAUUUCCUCGACACAGAGAUGCUGAGGGAGAAAGAUCCAUCAGAACCAAAGCUAUCCAUGCGUAAGGAACUUAAGAGAAGGCGGCAAGAGUAUCGUGCCACGCCAUUCGUGCUAGACAAGCAACGGGAUGCGGACAAGAGCUUGGUUUCAUCUCACGGAGAGUUUCAAGCUCACGUUCAGCCGCUAGGCGAGAAGAUGUUCAAGGCUAGAGUACGCGACGUAUUCAACUACGGAUACACGCUAGAAGCCUCCAUCGAUGGGAAGCUCUUCCGUGGGCUGCUCUUCUCGUACAAGCCUGGCUUUGCUCAGGCAGUGCAAUCUUACAUCCUCAGUUACUCUCUAAUGCCAGGAAGGAAAACAUCACAGGAGGAAACCGCAGGACGUCCAAAAGGCCGUAGUAAAGGCCAACCGAGCAAAGAGGAGUUCAAAGAAACCAUGGAUAUCCAUACCUGCUCUUCCUAUAAUUAUUAAAGUUUCACAAAGUCUUUAUUACACAGCCUCACCUUUUUU